UUUCGGUAGUCUUAUAAAUUCGUUCGUACAUUUUCGCGGGAGAAAUUGUUAGCAAAAUAUUUCAGCAACAUGUCGAUAAUAACUUACAGAAGCAGUCAAUAUAAUGUGCUAAAUAUUUAAACCAAACAUGGCUAAUCCGCAAACUGGGUGAACUGUUAACAACAACAAUCGAGAUGACAUUAUUGAUUUUUGGAGAUUGUAUACGAAACUGCAGUUGCACGUUAAAAAUAAAUUAAAAGUGACAGUUUUUCCUUUACAUUUGGGUGUAAAUUCGUAAUAUUCCUGUUGAUAAUGGGUGUUAAGCGCCGUAUUUACGAGUUGAAAGACUAUAAGCUUGUGGAACAUAUGUUGGAUGUUUAGAAGAACAAACAGCAAGCAUGGCCCAGUGUUCUACAGACGCAGAGGUGCACGCCGCGGAGGCUGAAGACGAAGGCCUCGACUUGGAGAUCAGUGUGGAUAAGAUCGACGACGGACUAUUCCUUGCUGUAUCAGGGUUUCUCAAAAUGUGCCGUGAGUUACUGCUGCCGAGGUGUCUGCAGGACAGGAUCAGUCACAUCAACUUUAAAUAUGUUAAAUUGGCCGAUGUACCAAAAGACGACCUGAUCUCUCAUCUGCCCGAGUGCAACGAAUUUAUCGAGAAUGCGGUUGAGUCGGGAGGCAAUGUCCUAGUUCAUUGUUAUUUUGGAGUUUCGCGCUCAGCGGCUGUAGUCAUUGGCUAUAUUAUGAAAAGGUAUUUCCUGGACUAUGAGGAUGCCUUCCUGCUUGUGAAGUCACACCGCCGCUUCGUCGGACCGAAUCCUGGCUUCAUUGCUCAACUCAAACUGUACGGGCAGAUGGGUUAUGUACUCAAUAAGGAUGAUCCGAGAUACAAACAGUUUCGGCUAAAAAUGGCGGGACAGAAGCUGAAACAAGUGAAGAUUCUUCCUCAACUCUUUGCGGAUCUGAUCAAACCGGAUCCAGGUCUAGUUCGGGAACGUCCGGAUCCAGUUGUGUAUCGGUGCAAGAAAUGUCGCCGUGUCGUCGCUAGCCAGAGGAAUAUUAUACCACACGUGCCCAAGCAAGUCAAAGUCGAGUUGGCUAAGAAAGGCAUAAGGCCGUCCAUAUCGAAGCUGACAGGCCUCCCUUGCGCGGAGAACGGGCAGGUCCUGAUUCAGAAGCUGAAGAGCCUGGCCUGCCAGAUACUGGACAGCGACACGACGGGGCAGCCCGCCGAGAGCGCGCAAGAAAGCGAGGAGGGGCCAAGUCAUUUGGACGGUUACCACGAGCAGAACAUGGUGGACACGUCCAUAGCGGCGCUCGACUCGAGCGACAUAUGCCGGCUGAUGGUGUUCGUGGAGCCGAUGGCGUGGAUGGCCGGCGUCACGCACGACGCGCAGGGCAAGCUGCACUGCCCCAAGUGCAGCAACAAGAUCGGCAGCUUCAGCUGGGUUUGCGGUUGCAAAUGUCCGUGCGGGCAGAAAGUGGCGCCAGCGUUCUACCUCGUGCCCUCGAAGGUGGAAUAUUCGAACAUUGUACAAAACGUACAAGUCACGGUUUAGGACAGUUUGUGGACCAACCCUUUGGCCGCUAAUGACGUGAAAACACGCGCGGAUACCUUCAUUACGACAUUUUGAUAGCGUUUCCUUUUUUUUUACUAUUUUUUUUAUGUGUUUGAUCAAUGUUGUGUUAUUUCUACUCAGAAUCAUUGGCUAUUUCAAUCCUUAAUAGGUAAGAAAAAUGUUAACGAUAUUUUUCUUAUUGGGUUACCAUUUGUCAUAUAGUUUGUAUGAGGUAACAAAAGAGGAAAGUAACAGAACUGUAUGGUAAUUCUGAGACUUUUUAGUCUUCUAUUGUAGUGAUUCUGAGUAGAAUCGACCUAAAAUUUUAAUUUUACUGAAUUAGUUUACAACAUAAAAAAUUGUCAAAAAUAAGAAACGCAACCCUUAAAUGCAUAUGCUAUCAAAAACGAAACUAUCAGAAUGACACAACUUGACAGAUUGAUGUCAAUGUGAGAUGUUACUGUAUCAAAGUUUAAAAUUGACGUGAAUCUCAAUUCUAAGUCAUUUUGCGAGUGAAACCUAAAGAUAAUGCAUUUAAGGGUUAAGUGACGUGCACGAGUGUUCAAAGGGUUAAUAGUAAUUUAUCUUUAGUGUACAUUUCAUUGAAAAAUAUGAAGUCGCAUUUUGUAUGAGAAAAGAGCGCACCAAGCGGAAAUUUUAAGAAACACCAGGUGAGUUUUCGGAAACAAUACUGGAAAUAUAGAGACGCCUUCAUGUUGCAUUUGUUUAUAGAAAAUUCUGCUGAAUCUCGCGGGGGUUAAGGAAAUACACAUGAAAAAUAUUACUCACUAAUGCAGAAAUUAUCUUUGACAGUACACCCGCACAUUUUGAUAAAAAACACACACUUUCUCAUUCUUUCUAAAGCCACACACAUUUUUUUUUCGACGUUUCGUGUCUCUCAUCACCGCGGCCAGUGCAACUCGGCCGAAACGUCGGAAAAAAGGUAAAAUAAUGUUAUGACUAGAGAGCGGAUUUCAUGUAGCGAUUUAAAUAUUAAUAUGGAUAUGUUAGUGCAUUUUUUUUAUUACUUGUCAUGUGGAUUAUAAUAAGGUCUUACAAUCUAUCACAUCCACAUCGCACACCGCAAACUUCGCUAACUAAUGAUUAAAUUAAUGUUAUUUUUUGUAAAUGUAAUUUUUCUUUUCUUUAAAUGUAGGUUUUUUUUUGUAAAUAACUACAUUUAAAGA